GAACCAAAGGUUGGCAAGAGCGAGAGGCGAAAGGUUCCCCGUCCGUCGGUGCGGAGAUCGGUCGACCAGUUUUACCGUCGACGGAUUCUCGUUCUGUUGUGAGUUUGGGUGUGUCGCUGACUAAAAGAAUCUAUCAACAUGAGUGGACAACAGUACUACCCCUACAAGUGCACCCCCACCGUGUACCCAGCGGAGCCCUUUGACCCCGCUGCGGAUGCCGAGACCCUCCGUAAGGCCAUGAAAGGCCUGGGAACAGAUGAGAAGGCCAUCAUUGACGUGCUGUGCAGACGAGGAAUCGUCCAGCGUUUGGAGAUCGCCGAAACCUUCAAGACUAACUACGGCAAGGACUUAAUCAGUGAGCUGAAGAGCGAACUGACUGGUAACUUGGAGAAUGUGAUCGUGGCCUUGAUGACCCCUCUUCCCCACUACUACGCCAAGGAACUGCACGACGCUGUCUCCGGACUCGGCACUGAUGAGGAGGCCAUUAUUGAGAUCCUCUGCACCCUCUCCAACUACGGAAUCCGUACCAUCUCAGCAUUCUACGAACAGCUGUACAACAAGAGCUUGGAAUCAGAUCUGAAGGGUGACACAUCUGGCCACUUCAAGAGGCUGUGUGUGUCUCUGUGCAUGGCCAACCGUGAUGAGAACCAGGGAGUAGACGAAGGUGCUGCCAAGGCUGACGCGGAGGCGCUGGCGUCUGCCGGCGAGGGCCAGUGGGGCACUGACGAGUCUGUCUUCAACUCCAUCCUUAUCACACGUUCUUACCAACAACUUAGACAGAUCUUCGCUGAAUACGAGGCACUGACUGGCAAGGAUAUCGAAGAAACCAUCAAGAAGGAAUUCUCUGGAAGCAUCGAAAAGGGCAUGCUUGCUAUCGUGAAAUGCGUGAAGAGCAAAGUAGGCUUCUUCGCUGAGCGCCUGUACUACUCCAUGAAGGGAUUGGGAACCAACGACAAGACCCUCAUCAGAAUUGUCGUGAGCCGCUCUGAGAUCGACCUCGGAGACAUCAAGCAGGCCUUCCUCGACAAAUAUGGCAAACCCCUCGAGAGCUGGAUCGCUGUAAGUCACUUACCCUAUUCAUUUAGUUUCGCUUACAUUUGGGAACCAUUCAUUCCAACAAUUACCUGAAUUCAUAUGCAAAUUGGGAUUUUAUGGUUUAUCAUAGCAUCCAUUUGCUUCAAUUGACUUUAAUUGGUGUUCCUAAAGACCACAUUUUUCAGACAUAUGACCUCUUAAAUCAGACAUAGCUAUUAACCCGAGUUAAUUGAAGCCGAUGCGCUAAAAUGUUUAUUUUGUAAAUUUAUUGUUAGAUUCAAUGUUCUUUCUUUUCAAUUUAUUUUGUAUUUAUGAUUUAUAUGUAUAGUGGCUAUAUUACCAACCCCAUAUAACAUUUCAAAAUCUAACAUUUCAAUUAAAUAAAAGACGAUUCAUUGAUAUUAACCUCUCAUACUUAUGAUCAACGUUGCAAUUCAUAUCUAAGACCACAAAACAAUCGCACCACCGACACCAUCGUCCACAUACUGUUAUCUUCAUUCACUAUAUUAAAUACACUGUAUAUCUGUGUAUAGUAUCAACCUAUCUACUUGUUUACUAACAGCACGAAUGUUUGUGGUAUUUCUCAACUAUGAAACUGACCCAAUAUUUAUGAUUUGUACAAGAAUUCGUCACGUCUGAGCUUCACUAAAAUACUUUACAAUGCGCAUGUGGGGUGUGUAACGUGUAGAGCCACUCGACCCAUGUAGCCAACGCUCUGCAGAUUACUAUAUUCAGUUUCAUCUAAUAACUAAAAAUAUAUUUAACAGACUAUACAGAUCUAUUUAUAGUAUAUCUAUGUCAAAGAGAUUUCAACAUUAUUUAUUUCGUUUUAUUUUUAGUGUGAGUUUUAUUUUUCGAUUUGUGUUUUCGUGUAUUUGCUAACAAUGUGAUCAUCUAAGGUGAUAAAACACUUGACUAAAAUAUAUGUCUUGACUAUGAUAGACUUGUAGAAUAGUGGCCCAUUUUGGUUACAGGAUGACACUUCUGGAGAUUACAAGAAGGCUCUGUUGACUCUUGUUGAAUAGAUUGAGAAUGUGGUCACGAGGUGUCUCCGGGCAACGAUUGCGAUAACCACCUAUCUCGUUACUAUAAGUUUGUCGGUCAAUUUGUUAGGUUACGAAGUGAUCUGUUAGGGUACGGGCACACUGACGACUCUCCCGCCCCAAGCUCAAUGCACUACAUCUCCCGCGGGCCGUGUACUCCAUCCUAGCGGUCAGUUGAGUCUUCAGCGUGCCAUAUCUUUAGGUUAUCCUCGUCAGGAAUAAGUUUUAUUAAAAUGAUCUGUAUAUUUUGCUUCCUAUUAGCCUUACUCACGUUCAUAUAAUAUUCUUUGCACUGUAGCUAACUGCUUCGUGUCGUGUGCGUGCAUGAGGGUAGUGGUACACGAUGGCUCGUGUCCCUGUGACUCACUUUUACAAGUAGUUGUUACAAUUUUUCAGGAGGAAUUAGGAGGACAUCUCGGUCAUCUCCUGUCGACACUGUGCUAUUAAAGCUUCACCAAUCCUAACAUGUAACACUCAGUAUUACGAGCGUCUUGUCAUGUGUGUGAUGCUGCAGUGUGAAGUUAUAUUCUAAUCAUAAUAUUAAGCGUGUCAGCACACACCGAGUACAAUCACCUAUGUUGCAUUUUAAAGACAUUUAUUUAAUUUAAUUUUAUAAAGGAACGUGCUAGUAUCUUUUUUCCAAUAUUUGUUUAUACCUAGGUAUAAUAUAUUAUUUUACUUUACUUGCUGUGCCCUUUUUUUGUCUCACCUAACACCUGAAUCUAACCAGUGAACAACGAACAUUUCUUUCACAAAUAAAAUUAAACACAAACCUCGAAUAAAUUGUUCCUGAGUUAGAUCUGCACAAGCUGUCGGACGAUGCAUUUUAUACGUUUACGUUAAGAUUUAUUUUGUGAUAACAUUUCGAAUAUUUUUUGUGAAUAAACAAUCAUAAGUAUGGGCCAGUUUCUCUUUAUAUUUAGUGCAAACUGCGCAAGCGGUAGAUUCAUUUCGGUAUUCUUUGCAGGAUGACCUAACGGGUGACUUCAGGAAUGUGCUAGUCACACUUUGUGCUUAAUCCUGCAGAAUGAAUUAUAUUUUUUUAUUAAAGAUAUUAUUAUUUUUAUACACGUAACUGUUUGGCUUGGCAUGCUAUGUGAUCGAAGUAAUCGAACUAAGCUAACGUUACAAAGUACAAUGUAAUAAUUUGCAGGAUGAUACGAAAGGCGACUACAAACGCGUGUUACUCACUCUAGUGUCGUAACUCGUAGAGAACGCAUAAUACAACGCGAUGAGAUCCUACCGGAUACUUCCGUAAACUUGCUACUGCCUUUACAUUGUAUAACUGUUGAGAUGUUUUAGAAAUUGAAGCUUGAAUAUUUUGUGAAAAUGAUAUAUUUAUUGGUGCUCUAGUUUUGUUUACAAUAUACACAAUAUUUACAUUAAUUAUUAAUUAAACUACUAUGUAUGUU